AUGCAAACAAACAUAUCAGCUGAAGAGUUUGCACGCUUCCAAAGUCAACUUCUCGAGAUACGUCAGCAGAAGUACACCGCGGAUGAGGCUCGUGAACGCGCCGAGAGGGGGGCCAAGCAGCUGGAAGCUUCGCUUGCUGCCAAGUCCUGCGAACUAGCUGAAGUGCUCAGCACUCUAUCACGUGUUCAGCGCGCUGGCGACAUUGACAGUGUGGUGCGUGAGAACCAGGUCCUGCGUCAGAAACUCGUAAGCAUUGAGUCAUCUUUCCAACUACAGACGGCCACUCUUCGGGGGGAAUGUGAACGUUUGCAGGCUGAUAAUGCUGUCCUCCUUUCAUCACUCAAGCUUGCCGGACAAUCUUCCGAGGGUCAUCCACCUGGUGAAGACAUCUGCACGCAGACCGAAGCUAAUUUUCCUAUCCUGCCUACUGCUAUUACACAAACCGACCCCCCAUCUAUGCACUCCGCCUCCUGUCAGACCACACUCUCCCUUGGCGAUUACGCCCAUCUCGAAAAAGCUUUGCAAGCCAGCGAACUCUCACUGGCUGAUUUGGAGAUGCGACUAAACGAGGCUAAUCGGCAGCUAAUAGAGGAGAAACUGCGGUGGGGUCAUCAGCAUGAUGAUCUGACGGAUCAGUUGCAGGAACGGGAGCGACAGGUCCAACGUCUCCAAGAAGAAUGUGAGGAUAUAGCCAAUGAAUUAGCCACCACACAGACCCGAAACGAACGGGUUCAGCGAGACCUGCGUCGACAGCUGGCUAGGGCCAUAAGGUCUUUCAAGGGUUCAACCUUUGCUGUCAGUGGCGGUGCUGACUCUUCUUCGACCUCUAGUCUGGUGCUCGUCAACUCCCCAUUCUUGCAACAGACUCAACCGCAACCAGUAGCUACCUGGAAUCGUUAUGCUGGAGAAACCGAUCUCACAUCGAACAAUUCUUUUAGUAUUUGCAAUACGAUCGGCGGUGGCAGUAGCGGGGGCGGUGAUGGUGGCGGCAGCGACGAGGUCUCCGAAACGUCUUCUAACACCAGUCCCCAAAACGCUCAGACUGUGGCGUUCUCUGAAGAAGACUUUCGGGUAUGUUUCUACUACGAGUAACUUGUUUUGCUAAAACAUCCCCGGAAAUCGUUUUACCACCAUAAUCGCUUAGAAAGGUCACAAAGUAUGCGCCGAGUAAUGAGUUAGAUAAGUUAUUACUUUCUCACCAAGAAGGAAAAUUCUCGACGAAUGUUACCCCAACGACAAGAAGAACCAGAAUGAUCGUCCUUGGUUUAUUUCCCUUCACCAACUCGCCCUAAUCCAGGCGCUGGUGCAUGAAAAUCCAACAUUCGAACCAGGUCAACUAGUCAUUAAGUCAGAUGCUCUAUCAGUUAAUUCUCGCGUCAACACCCUUUGGCUGUCAUUGAGAAUAUUCAAUAACACGGUGCCGGCGUCCGCCGAUGUAUUCCGGUUGGAGGACGGAAAACGGAGCAAAGUCGUGCGUCAUUACAUAAAGACCAGGACAAGAUCUUCACACCGAACACAAGAAAUCCGAACAGACACGACCCCGAAGGGGAGGCAGCGUUACAAGCGUCCUCCAUCGAAGUGACGACACGCAACGCUAGCAGUCGUAAAGCCUCACAAACAUCAGCCAAAGGGUUGAAACAGCGAAAGAAAAAAUCGAUCUGUCUGAAGUCGAUUAGUUCGAUCGGUCAUUUAAAAUUCUGGUCGAUUUUCGGCAUUAGACGCUUUAAAAGUGAAAAGUCGGCCAUGCUCUUCGAAACGUCAGUAAUAGGACAAAUCUGUUCCGGUGAGCAACUUCAGUUUCUUGGAUAGCGGAAUAGUCUUCUUGCGACCCAGUCCCAUAUUAUCUAGGUGUUGUUUUUCUUCCGAAUACGUCACAAUGCUACACAAGGCGUCAUUUCACACCAAACGGCGAAAUGAAAGUUCGUCUUAAAAAUUUCCGGCAGUAAAUAGACGGACUUAGCCAACGGAAACCAUUCAUACUGCAGAUAUAAUGAUGUGUGACAUACUGCCAACCUGGUGACAAGUUAGCCGAGUUGAACAUAUGCGUAUUCAUCGCACGUCGAAUCACUGUCGGCCACUCUGACCAAUAAAUUCCAUGCCGCACCGCCCUGUUCACGCUGUCCUAAAUCAAAAACCGUAGUUGCCUGUUCGAAUGCAUUCAAAAGCUUGAUAGUGACCAUUAAAUAACCACACUCCAUUCAUACAGUGACCACAAAACUAAGGUUGGUCAUCAUUGAUCAUAGCAAACGAGCCAUAAAGCGAAGUAUGCGAUUAAAAUCUCUUUCACUUCUUAUAUGGUCUUAUCUGUUUGCUAACGCUAUCCUUCGAGAUCGUAUCGUACUUAUAAAGGUUGAAUGAAGGCCCACGAUGUCCACUUCGGGAAGCAGUUCUGGAUAUAAUGUCUGCACGUAAUAAGUGACUUCAGUUGCCUGCAAAAUGACAACUUCAAAGAGUUUCCUAUAGGUAGUCUGCUGAGUAUGAACGCAGGAGUCUAGGUUUGUUUGAACGAGUCGGUUCUGGUGCAGUACUUCUCUAGCGGCAAAAUUCCACUUUCCAGUGAACCUGACUUCAGCUAUUUCUGAUAGGUUGCCUGACCACUCACAAAUUUUUACUCCCCUUAUUGUUAACGCAAAGUCGCCGGCAAACCCAUCGCUACACGUAACCUCAGUCGGUCUCCUUAUGCGGCUGCCAAUUCUGAGCGUUGUCCUUCGAAGACGAACGAAAAUCCUAGGUCGAGUGAAGCAGUCCCGCUGCCGUAACUCAAGGAUGCCUCGUGUCAUCCAAGAAAGACGGUUCAGGUAAUUUAAGCGCGCCCUUUGCGGCCUGCCCUAUGAAGAUCAUGUCAUUUCUCUAGAUCCUGCGCCGCCGCCUAUGUGGAAAACGCGAAGGGGGGCCCACUAACAAGACAAACGGGAGUCUUCGACAUCUGACUUUCAUUGUUCGAAAAGAGAAUGAGUCUACGAAAGCUUUGAGGCCGCACAAAUCAGGAUCGAAGGCGUAUAAGCAGAUGCCCCGAGCGUGCAAACUUCAUGCUCGAGUGUGAAGAUGUAGAAAGUUGCCUACACGUUCACUAGGACAACUUAUUAGCCGUUUGUAGUUCUGUCGGUUAUUGAUAUAAAAAACCACAGAUCACCGCCACCCGAAAGAUCUGUCCCCUUCCUCUGAGUGGGGGUCCACGGUACUUCAUGUACCAUUCUUCUGCAGCCAGCGUUGCCUGUGACCUAACCGUUUGCAAAGAAGAAGCACAAAAAUAACCAUUUUCAUUAGUCUUACUUUCCUUUCCAACUCGAAAUCUUUUCGUUGCCAAAUUUCGGUACAUAUUCGAAUUAAAAUAUAUUGAGACUACUCCCAGAAUUUGCGUUUGAUGAAUGCGUUUUUCACUUGGCCUAUUCGGCGCAGAGAAGGGAUUUUAAUACAAAUACCUUAGAUGUUUCUUAAAGGACAAUAUUCGUAGAGUGCCAUUAAUAAAUAGGAUAGGAAAUGAUUAGAGUUUAAUGUAAAAUUGAGUAGGAUUUGUUGUAUGACGAGUGCCAGUUAGCCGCAACACACCAGAUCCAAACAUUUUGUCCUACCUUAGUCUAAAACGGUUGGAGCACGUGUUAUUUUUACGCUGAAGACACGACGUAAAUGUACGUAUUGGUUUACCAUACAGGCUUAUUUCAGAGACAAAUAUUCUAAGUGGCGUGAUUACGCGACCAACCAGACAAGCCAAUCUUUGCCUACUGCCACUCAGCAAACAUCAUGUUAUUGGUCGGUACAAAGGGUGUAGCAAUCUCUGUCUCGUGACACACUUCGCCUUCAAGGCUGCUCUUGUCUCUCCUUCCAUUUCUGUCAAUCGCCUUUGUCUUGUCGAAAUCAACUUUUGCAUCUCCAGCUCGCAUGCGAACCAUCGGAGCCGACAGCUUGGCGCGACUUUGCGGUGCGUAUGGGCCGUAGAGACCGCAGCACUCAACUAACGUUGUAGUCAGUAAUCAGUCUUGUUCUCUCUUCAAGUUACCUCGUCUCCCUGACGUUUGAGUUAACAACUUCACGAUUGCCGCCCAAAGGAGGCGGGAUAGUGAUCGUAGUACGAUCUGUUUCUCUUCUUUUACACUGCUGAGUAAAUGGCUGUCCAAGUUAGCCGGAAUCUACUCUGUACACGUCUGUAGCAUAAUGAAUGCACCCACUUGCGCGUCCGAAUUUUACUCCAUUUCAUUUCGUCUCCAACUCGGCUAUUUCUUAUCUAAUACGGUGUCAGGUAACGAUGACAGCAUUCACUUUCAGAAGCAAUUUGCUGCAAAGAAAACAGCCGCGGUGGAUUGUGUUACGGUCGUCUCUGGCCAUGUUGUAAGCUUGCCAACUUCUGACAACCUGUGGAAAAGCAAAUUGAUCGCAGUGUGGUUGAUGAGCAAGUUUUUAAUCCAUUUUCUGGGCGUGAUCUGAAGACAGACGAUUUUCUAUCGUGUAUAUAACCGUCUGCCACAUGACUCCCAGAUUUCGAAAUUGUCAUAAUCGAAAUGCGAGAAAGUCCCGCCCUACCUGAGCAGAACCGCGUUCAUUACAUGGUUCAAGAGAACUGUGGAGACCGAGCUCAUGGGACGGGAUGGUUUUCAUAAGUCCCUCCAGGCAAACGCACUCGAGCUUUCGCGAUAUGGGAGGCUGACCUGUGUUCGCCGCCUGUCUCAGUUCUAUGGAUUAAGCAGCAGUCUAGGACAACACUUGGCUAGCGUCUACCCCUAAUAAAGUAGGCAGUCUGUUUUUGCACCCUAGUUACUUGAGUACCAAGUCAACAGGUACUGGAACGUUGUGUUACCCAGAAGCACCUAGUUAACUACAGCAAAAUCAAGAAGCCUUUAACCAUUGUUGCAUCGAUUACUGAUAGCAAACUCUCGAAUGAAGCGUCAACAGCCUGGUGAAAGCGGUAGUGGAGCUCGUAUCUUUCACCCUUUAUCCGCGUUAAUUGUAGGUACAUAAACGACAACAGCUCUUAUGUUAGUAAUUUUUUUUUCAACGGUAUGCGCAUGAUGCGAGGAGAGACAGAUUGUUUCUCUUUUUCGUCAGCGUGAGCGCGACGUCUGCCUGAGUCGUCACACACGCCACUUUAGCACGGAUGAUACAGAACGUCCGGUCCUGGGGCUUUGAUUGUUAUUGUGCGGAACCCAGACAUUUGGACAUGCGAUAGCCAGGCGAUGUUAAUACUAGAGGUAGAGGGCAAGCCCAUCGUCAGGUAAUUUGCCGGGGUCUUUAAGGGCACGCGCGUUCUAACGAACAACACAAAUCCGCCAUCUUCGCGAAGAAUGCCUGGAUCAGGCCUGAACUCCGUAGGAUGGAUCGCAUGAAGUAGGUUAGGUGCGUUCAUGCGAUCUGUAAAGAUAUGGUUGAGGUGAGGUCCUCCGUCACGUCCUGCUUGCGGAUGGAAUUCUAAGUCUUAAGCUCACCACAUAGUAAUAUCCCUAUGGUUUUUGACCUUCUCUUAGGCAAUCAACUUACCACAUCGAUGCCAAAACACCCCUGAAAGUAGUACCUCUGGAAAGUUUGUAACUGCUUAUUUCGCAGGAAGGCUAACAAGUAGGUCCGUCUCCCCAGAGUUUCUGAGGUCCUGGGAUGCACCCUGUCCACCCGCUCGUCCGAAAUCUAGUUAAGCUGUUGCUCUCCAGACAACGGUUGCGUGGGACGGCCUUGUUAUGGAAUGAUUUUUCUUGGUCGCCGAGUUCGAGGAUGAACGUCUUCACUCCUGCGUGCACUCAGUUGGUUUCCAGGAUUGUUGAAAGACUAUGGAUGAAACCCCGUCGUAUGAUGGGUCACAUACUUCUGUGAUGACGUUUUUACGGGUAUCAGGUUUCUAGCGCUAUCACCAACCUGGUCCAAGGGAGUCCUGCGAACUCCACAGCUCUUGUAAGGCUUCCGGUUUAAUUUUACCAUCAGUUUCGAGACCGCCCCUCUGGGGCCUCUACCCAUCAUUUCGUUGCGUUUUUGGUUCGAAGUAGGCUGGUUUUCAGCUUAAAUAUUCUAUAGGAUUGCUGGACUUUGGUUUUUCUUCGAUUGUCUAGGAGUAGGUGCAGCGAGGGAACUUUGAAGAACUAAGAGCGCGUUACCAAUUUUGUUAGGGCAAUAGCCUGACCAGAGUCAAAGAGUGGACACUUAGGUGACUGACCAUCAUAUGCGCGAUCGCGUUCUCAUUGCCGUUUAUCCACCUGCCAACAAAUGACGAGCAUAUUUUCCUGUUAAAAGGUUGUGCUGGAAAAAAACAAAAAGUAUUUGUGACGUUUGUUUUUUCAAAUCUAAGCCUGACUAAAUCAGCCCUUGUGACUGUCGGUCCAUGUAUGACGAUGUCCCAUGUGAUCGCUGGGGCAGACGUCGAUAUCACCAGCCCUGACCGCACUGCCAUAUAUUCGCUUUCGUCACCCAUACCACCCGCCUUUUCUAAAAGUACUCGCAAUCGACAGCUUUCCCUAUCACGCCGGUUAAGUUUUCAGCUGGAAUCUUGCUAAACCAGUUCUUAUGAUAACCAACGAUAGUACAAGAUUCCUCAGGCGUUUAAAUCGCCAGAUCGGACCGCCGCGCCGGGCUUUUUGACUUGGCAAAAGAGCUUUGUCACUGAGUCACAAGAAUCUCAUUUUUAUGCACUAUAUAUAUACCCACUCGGACUACGGUAUAAUACCUUUACCAUAUGGACUUUAUACUACUCGUAGUACUGCUUGUUUGUAGAAUGGGCAUUACGUGGUGAUCCCACAGUAGUUGAUUGUCUUCGACUCGAAUAUUCAUUGAAAUUUCGGUUCUGGCCCUAAAAAGUCAUGUCCUGGAGAUUUAACUCUAAGUCCUGCACUGAGUAAUUUCUGAGAUUAUUCACUUGAUUAUUCUCUGGGGUUCAUAUAACAGAAACCGCAUAGAGAGCGCUGGGGGUCCCACUGAAGAGCCGAACUCCUCGCAGUUGUGUCACGCAGCGGCAGAAUAUCGGCGGAACACGUGUCUGGGCUUUUAGCAAGUAUCUGUGUCGGGAAUACGGUAUAGUACCUUUACCAAUAUAUAUAUAUAUAUAUAUAUAUAUGUUUAGAAGGUGAUACCGACAAAGACAAGGGAGACCGGAAUGGCCAUUUCUGGCUUAUUAGCCGUCAUCAGCCAGUCAUACCCAACCCCAAGUGUGGAUCACUUGAGAUUCGAACCCGGGAUCUUUGGUCAUGGAGUUGAACGCUCUACCGUUAUAUAUGUGUGUGUGUGUGCUCUUUUUCAUAUGUUCUUUUAUACAUCUUGAGCAGAAACCUCUACUGUUCACGCUUAGCUGAUGACAAUUUGGGAUAUUUAAAGAUGGUGUCAUUUUUAAGGAGCUGAAAAGUGACUAUGACAAGGCGGGCAGGAAACAAGUCUUACAGUGACUCUUUUGAGAAAUUCUUGUAAUCGUCGGGCGGGAUCUUUAAGACAGUUUUAUUUUCCCUUUUCAGUGCCUCUUGAACCGCCUGUCCGAGGUUCAGGAGGAAAAUUGUAGCCUUCGUCGCCAAAUCAAACGUCUUUCUGCUGAUCUUGAAGCAAAAUCUGUAAUUAUCCAACAGCGACUAGGCGACAGACUCGCCUCAUCUACCAAUCAAAUCUCAGCUUUAUCCGCCAGUCACAGGUCGGCCACGACAACAACCGCGGCCGCAUCCGUAAAGUCCUCCGAUCUGCUCUCUACUGCCUUCGGCAGCGUCAAGUCAAAACUAAAAUUACUCGAAGCGGUCUCCCUACCUAAUUCUCAGGCCAGCAGUCUUUCCUCCCGUGAGCUUCGCGGACUCAAACAACUGUGCGAAGAACUUAUGACCAGAAAUAUUGUCCUUGAGCAGGCCCUUGAAGAGACACUUCGAAAAUCAGGACCCUGA